GGUUUGUAGUUCCACCGAGAGGAACCCCGCCCACCUGCUUAAUGUACAACGCGACUGGAGGGGGAGGUGACGGGGUGUGUCAGCGGGGAGCAGGACACCAGGGAGUGUUUAGCACGACGGUGGCGCUGAGAGAGCGAGCCGGACAUGGGGCGGGCGUGGCGACAGAGGGGGCGUGGCUACGUGUUUGGCUGAGAAGGGUGGUAGAGCUGGAGUGCUGCUCUGGCGCCGGUGUCAGUUAUCUCAGUGGGUCGUCACACGGAGCAGUCGAGCGGCGGGAGCCCCAGUACGAGUCGCCCUUGUAGAGCUUGAGGGCCACCACAUGUACUGAAGCCCCUCGUCUGCACACCGUGUCUCCCCUCCAGUCUCCAUCUCUGCCGCGUCCAUGUCGUGUGGGGUGACACAUUACUGACACUCGCCGCUGACCACCCUGCCCUCGCCGCCCCUCACCCGCUCUACACAGGGACAUCUAUUCGGUGUGCUCGCCCUGGUUAUGGCCGUCCUGGAUCUGGCCCUACAAGGUCUCGCCAUCUUCGGCGUCAUCCUUUUCUUCGUGCUCUGGUUCAUGCAUUUCUUAUCCAUCAUCUACACACGGCUACACCUCAACAAAAAAGCAUCCGACAAGCAGCCUUACAGCAAACUUCCUGGUGUUUCCCUUCUUAAACCACUAAAGGGUGUUGACCCUAAUCUUAUCAACAACUUAGAAACUUUCUUUGAAUUGGACUAUCCAAAGUUCGAAAUCCUUCUUUGUGUUCAAGAUGUAGACGAUCCGGCUGUGGACGUAUGUAAAAAACUACUAGGGAAAUACCCCAAUGUGGAUGCCAAUUUAUUUAUAGGUGGUAAAAAGGUUGGCAUUAACCCCAAAAUAAACAACCUAAUGCCAGGAUAUGAACUUGCCAAAUAUGAUCUCAUAUGGAUUUGUGACAGUGGGAUUAAAGUGAAACCAGACACCCUAACAGACAUGGCAAAUCAAAUGACAGAAAAAGUUGGCUUGGUCCAUGGGCUUCCUUAUGUGGCAGACAGGCAAGGGUUUGCUGCUACUCUAGAGCAGGUUUAUUUUGGAACUUCCCAUCCGCGGUCAUACCUUUCUGCCAAUGUUACUGGUUUCAAGUGUGUUACAGGGAUGUCAUGUUUAAUGAGGAAAGAGAUUCUUGACCAGGCUGGUGGGCUUAUUGCAUUUGCACAGUAUAUAGCUGAAGAUUAUUUCAUGGCCAAGGCGAUAGCAGAUCGGGGUUGGAAAUUUGCUAUGGCUACCCAAGUUGCAAUGCAAAAUUCUGGUUGUUACUCUAUAUCUCAGUUUCAGUCUAGAAUGAUAAGAUGGACUAAGCUUAGGAUCAAUAUGGUACCUGCCACAAUCGUGUGUGAACCUAUCUCUGAAUGUUUUGUGUCAAGUUUAAUAAUCGGCUGGGCCGCACACCACAUCUUCCGAUGGGACAUUAUGGUGUUCUUUAUGUGUCACUGUUUGGCUUGGUUCAUAUUUGAUUAUAUUCAGCUCAGGGGUGUACAGGGUGGGCCUCUUCCUUUUUCAAAACUGGACUAUGCAGUUGCAUGGUUCAUCAGAGAGUCUAUGACGAUAUAUAUCUUUUUAUCUGCCCUGUGGGACCCCACCAUCAGCUGGAGGACAGGAAGAUAUAGAUUACGAUGUGGAGGCACGGCAGAAGAAAUCCUAGAUGUAUAGUUUUGGACUUUUGUAUAUAAAAGAAAAAAAGAAAGAAAAAAAAAAAGUAUUAUAAAUUAUGUUUAUACGAAUGCUUUUAAAGAAACUACCUUUUGAAUAGUUUUUACAUAUGUUUUGCUCUCUGAUCCUUAAUUUAUUUUGCAUGGCACUUGUAUCUGUGAAGAUGAGAUGUUUGUGAUCUGGGCCAUAUAGGGGCUUUUUUGGGGUGAUCAAAACUGAAUGAAUAUAAGUGCUCUGCAGUAAAUGGCAUCUAAGGCAGAAAGUGAAUGGUGCCUUUUAUAGUGACACGAAGACACACGUGGCGAAGGAUUAUUUUUUUCUGCUUUCCAAGGAACAUUAAUGACAAAGCAUCUGAGCCCUAACCUGCGAAUAUCUGCAAAGUUGAAAGAUUCCACAUGCCGAUUCACUCCUCCUUCAAUGAAACAUGCCUCUUUUUAUGGACAAAUUAUCGGCUACCUCUUCAGAUAACAGUUGUGAAACCGUCAGUAUAUGAAUGGUAAUGUCAAAAAUGCAUUAGCAAAAACAUGUACUCAUUGAUUUUACAGAUCGGAGGCUGCCAUGUUUGAUUGAGAAACAUUUUUUUGAGAAAGCAAACUAUAAAAUCAAUGGGAACCAGUGACCCUGUAUCAUAAAGCUUUUUAUGAUCGAUGAAAUCAUAUCUUCCCUGAGACUUGAUAGUUUGCAUUCUUGGACAUAUUGGCUUUGAUUACAAAGUGAUUGUUUACACUGUGACUAGUAAAUUUAAAUAUGGUAGAGAUCAGGAAGUGCAAAGCUGGGUUCACAUACUGUUAUUGUGUCGCAAUUUUUUAACUGGAAAAUGGGUAAAGGAGCUGAAGUCUAAUUUCUUCUUGUGUUUUACUUUACUCUUCGGGACAUCUUGAUCUUGUCCUUAUCUCCCCAAAACAGCUCCACAAUUUCAGUAUGUAUACCCAACCUUAGAAAGGUUGGUUUGUGUCUUCCUAGCUGUUACGGCACUUAACCAAAAGUAGACUGUUUGAUUGCUCCUUGUGGCUUGCCAUGCUCUUGAAGGCCAUUGCUCAAUAAUAUUUCCCAUUUGGGAAUCUUGCUAAUCUCAAUGCUGUAUCUAGCCUUAGCCUUUAACUCCAGACUUCCUCCUGGUGAGGUGACUUUGUUUCCUUAUUGGUUAUUUUUUUUUAUACUUUAUUAUUGCCUAGCUGUUCUGCUUGUUUCUCUUUAUACAUAUGAAAAAAUGCAGUUUAGUAAUUCACGCAUUGAAACUAUUUUCUUACUCCACAUAAAAUUACUAAAACAAGUCGUUUUGUGACCUGUAUAUAGUAACUUUUUAAUGCAUGUAUAAUAUUCAAAAUGAAAAUCACAGUAAAUAUUGUAAAUAUAUAUUUAAACAUGUACAAAACAAAGUGAGGAUGUAUUUGCCGUAACUGAAAAGUUGUAAACAGGCUUAAUUUAUUAGCUCUCAAACAUGUCUACUGUUGGGUUGUCUGCUUUAUACAGUUGGAUUUUUGUUUUGUUUUUUUUAAUCUACGCUCGUGUUACAAUGUGAAAAGAUGUAAAUGCAUGCUGUAUAUUAUUCCUUGCUACUGUAACUGUUUGUACUUGGAUGUUUCCAGCAGUUAUGUCUGAUCUCCUGUAUAGCUCUGGUGAACUGGGCAUAUUAUGGUUGUGUAUACGCUCUCGAAAGAAGUGAGCAGGAAAUGCAUAAGCCUUUAAUCUGUGUACAUAUACAUACGUCUUGUUAUGUCACCCCCAUCUUGCUCCACGCUAUCGACACACUGGCUAGUAGGAAGGUCUCACUCUUGCUAACAUUUUUACCCAUUUGUUAAAGCAAUAAUUACCUCUUCUAGUGUUUGUAUGGGCACUUACCUUUGCCUUGCUGAGCCUAAAGAUAA